AUGCCCAUCAUCUCCCGAGGCAACGACCACGAUUACAGCAACCUGAGCUCCAGCUCGUCUGGCUCGCUCGAUCAGAUCGCACCCGUCUGUCAACCCGAAACCCCUCCCGUCAAAGGGGCGUACUACCGGCGUUCCACACGGAUCCUCCGCCGCUCGGGACUAAAGCCCUCCCCGGGCCAGAGGCAGCACGUCACCAUCAACGUGGGGGGAAACAAGUACCUGGUGCCCUGGAGCACUCUGGACGAGUUCCCGCUGACGAGACUUGGGAGGUUAAAGGGCUGCAACAGCUACGACGAAAUCGUGCAGAUCUGCGACGAUUACGACGAGGAUUCCAACGAGUUUUUCUUCGACAGGAACCCGCGGGCUUUCCGCAUGAUCAUGACCUUCGUGUCCGCCGGGAAGCUCCGGCUCCUGAGAGAGAUGUGCGUCAUGUCCUUCCGAGACGAGCUCGUCUACUGGGGCAUCGAGGAAGCCAGCCUGGAGAGCUGCUGUCACAGGAAGCUGCUUCAUAAGGCUCAUCAAGUGGCUGAGAUGAAGAGGGGAGAUGGGGAGGCUGAACUCAGCAAGGCGAAAGCAAAGGUUUUGGCUGAGAGCACCAAGUUCGGUGACUGUAUGAACAAACUUCACGAUAUGGUGGAAAACCCAGAGUCGGGAAUUCCCGGCAAGGUGUUUGCGUGUCUGUCCAUCUUGUUUGUGGUCGUUACUGUGAUAAGCGUUUGCGUCAGCACAAUGCCAGAUAUCCGAUUGGAAGAAGACAAGGGCAAAUGUUCCCAGAGGUGCCGUAACAUGUUUAUAAUUGAAACGAUCUGCGUGGGCUGGUUUUCUUUGGAGUUCAUCCUUCGGUUCAUACAAGCCCGCAGCAAGUGGCAGUUCCUGAGAAGCCCCUUGAACAUCAUAGACAUUUUGGCCAUUCUGCCGUACUAUGUUUCCCUUCUGGUGGACAAGGGACCCGAAGGAGGUCGCAAACCUUCGGGAGGUAACAUCUACCUGGAGAAACUGGGGCUGGUGCUCAGGGUGUUACGGGCCUUGAGGAUCCUGUACGUCAUGAGACUCGCCAGGCACUCGCUCGGACUCCAGACCCUCGGCCUCACGAUCCGCCGCUGUGUUCGGGAGAUCGGCCUCUUGCUCCUCUUCCUGUGCGUGUCGGUGACCUUGUUCGCCCCGCUCGUCUACCUGGCGGAGAACGAGGCGGGCAAAGGCUUCAGCAGCAUCCCCGCCUCCUAUUGGUGGGCCAUCAUCUCCAUGACGACGGUCGGCUACGGAGACAUGGUACCCAGGAGCAUCGCUGGUCAGGUGGUGGCACUGAGCAGCAUCCUCAGCGGCAUCCUGAUUAUGGCGUUCCCAGCCACCUCCAUCUUCCACACCUUUUCCCUUUCAUACCUGGAGCUGAAACAGCAGCAGGCCAGAGUGCAGGCACGCCUGAACCUCAUCCAGCAAUCGCUGGAGACCCCCCAUCACCAGGGCAGCAACGACACCGAACAUCUCAUUUCUGCCGCUCCCUGCACAGUCGGUGAAACUCAAACGACAGAGAAAAAAUCUUUCAGUUACUUAUAGUUUGCAUCUGCUGCCUCAUCAAAGCAGGUUCCCCUUCAUGCUGACUGUGAGCGGGACUUUGCAAGUUCCCUCCUCCUCCUCCUCCUCCCUCCCCUGUAUAUAUCAAUUUUUUUUUAUCCAAAUCAAACUACAGUCGCCUCA